AUGUAUUUUUGCUACAUCAUUAAUUUACAAAUAGAAAAAUUUUCAUUAUAAAAUUAAAACAAUUAACUUGGCGCAAUUAUUGGAACUAUUCCAAUUUGUGGUUCUUUAUAGAUUAUUGCUAAUUCUUUUUAUUAAGAUGGAGUUUUGAUGAAAUAAUUUACAUAAAAUAACUUUAGUUAAUUUGUAGUUGGAGUUUAUUAUUUGAAUAAUCUCUUGGAUGAAAAUUUGAUCCAACCCAUUUUGAUGCAAGGUUCAUUUAAUACUACAAACCCAAAUUAUGCAAUGAUUAUAAAUAAAAAAACAGUGAAUGGAUAAACAAAUAAUAUAUUUUUUAUUUUGAAAUAGAAUUUUAUUUUACUUAGAAAACAUUCUAAUUCCUAAACUGUAUCAAAAUGGAACUUCACUAUAUUUUUAUUACUAAUCGAUACAUAAUUACAAAAUAAGUAUUUGGAAUAUCACAUGUAUUUUAAAUAGCCACACGUAGUAUGA